CUUUUUAUUUUCUUUUUAUUUUAGAAAUAAUGUCUAAAGUUGCACGUCGUGAACAUUUAUUUGGAAUAGCUCCUUGUUUAGCUGCCAUUUUAGCUGGAAGAAGAAAAAUUUUUAAGGUGUACUUAAAUGAUAAACUUGAGGAGGAAGAACCAAGACGAAAAGAACUAGUCCAGUUGGUAGCUGAAGCUAACGAAAGAAAUAUUAAGCUUGUUUAUAAAUCACGACCAAUUCUUGACCGCUUGUGUGGAGGCAGACCUCAUCAGAGUGUUGUCAUGGAAACAGGAAAGCUUAAUUUGACUCCUAUAACUCGUGAAAGUUACACGCUACCAACCCAAGAAAGAUUUUUGUUAGCUUUAGACGACAUUCAGGAUCCUAUGAAUUUGGGAGCCAUUAUUCGAUCAGCAACUUACUUUGGAGUGGAUAAAAUUAUUGUUAAUGAAAAGAAUUCGUGUGGAUUAACAGCAACAGUUAGUAAAGUUAGCUCUGGAGCAAUGGAAUGGGCCUCAGUUUAUUCAACAAGAGAUAUGCAGAGGUUGCUUAAAGAUUUGCUAAAUUAUGAUUGGAAUCUAAUAGGAACUGUUACAAAAGAUUAUACCCAAUCCAAAGUGCAUUCAUGUCACGAUGUUCAAUUAUCAAAAAGAAAUGUUCUUGUUAUAGGCAAUGAAGGCUUUGGUAUGAAUCCACUGAUAACUUCUAUAUGCACCAAGUUGGUCACAAUACCAUCUUUUAAUGACAGAUUACCUGAAGGACUUGAUUCACUCAAUGUAUCUGUGGCUACAGGUAUUUUGUUGCAUUCUUUGAUGCCUAAAAAAUAACUAUCAGUACAAAGUAUAAAAAACAUGAACAAUACGAGAAAAAUCUUUGGCAACUAUUCAGAAGAUAAAAUGUUGUGGAACUGUUUUUUGUUACUUCUAUUGGAUUGGUAAAAUUUAAAAAUAUUGCGCAGUUUUGGUACAAAUAUAUUUGCAAGCGAAAAAUUUUAACGAUAAAAUAAAUCGGGACGAUUAGUUGUUCUUU